UUAAUAAACUAGGUAGAAGCUUAUAACAUUUUACUAGUGAGGAUGGGCUUUGCCAUUGGAGGGAGUGUGAAGCUAUUGUGUGGUCUUCCUCACACCACACAGACACAGUCACAAGCAAACUGUUCCAAUUCCAUGGCUCUUCUGCUUCCUCCCUCUGCUGCUGUUGGACGCUUCAGCUCAACCGUGUCCUCACUGCGUCCACGAAAACUUAACAACACCUUUGCCACUCUCUCACAAACCCGGAGUGAAGAAGCCAACUGGGUUGAAGCAACUUCCAGCUUCUUCGACCAAGACAAACGACCCAUCAUGUUGUUUGAUGGUGUGUGCAAUUUGUGUAAUGGGGGUGUGAAGUUCGUUCGUGAUAAUGAUCGAAAUAAGACAAUUAGAUAUGAACCUCUUCAGAGUGAAGCAGGUAAAAUGUUACUCAGGAGAUCUGGAAGAGCCCCUGAUGAUAUCUCAAGUGUUGUGCUUGUUGAAAAUGACAGAUCAUACAUAAAGUCAGAAGCUGUGCUGAAGAUAAUGGAAUACAUAGACUUUCCCUUUCCUCAGCUAGCAUUUCUUGUUCAAUUUGUGCCUCUCGACCGAAUAAUCAUGUACCUGGAAAGAUCAGUUUCAAACCAGAAAUUUCAGAGGUAAUGCACAUACAUGGCUUGAUCAAAUUGAAGUGGAGCUUCAUCUGUAUCUGUAUGAGAUAUGCACUGCUAUAUACACUUCUAAGAGAGGAAGAUUUUGGAUUUGUACAUGCAAGCUUGAAGAACAUGCUCUGGGGAAUCAGAACCGUUCAGCUCGGUUGACUCUCUAGGUAGGAAAAUGUUUCCUCUGGUGUUCCUAUGUACAACUUGGCUAGGCCAUAUGCAUACCUGUCAAAUUUUCCAUUGCAUAAAGUUUAGGGAGGUUAGAUUCUGUUUGGAUACAAACUAAAGAACACUUAUUAGAGCUUAUCUACUAGAAAAAGCACCGGAUAAGCUCCAAUAAGUGCUAUUUGAUCCGCAUCGAAACAGACUCAGCCAAGGCAGAACAAGUUCCAUGAUGAGAAUUGACAAGAAAUAAAAUCAUGGUCAUUUACCCCACAAGCAAGAUAAUCACUGACGAGACCAGGAAGAAAUAUUGAUAGCAUUUGUACUUGGAUUUACGUUUCACAUCAUAUCCUGGAGGUAUAUAUUUGCGGUUUACAUAUCCAUAUUGAGGGCGCAUCAGAAGAACAAAACCAAGGAAAAACCCUGCUAGAAAUCCUCCUAUAUGAGCUGAAUUGUCCACAUGAGGUAGAAAUCCAACAGCCAAAUUCAGUCCGAUAAUCACCAGCAUACUUGUGAGAGCUGCACACUGAAGGAAGCAUAGUUCAAAAAUUGUUCAAGUAAGCAUGUUUUUCCAACACAUAGCAAACUAUAAAGUACAUGCGGAUUUGGAAAUUCUUCUACAGUUGAUUCUGAAGGCAAAAUCAAUUCUCAAGAGAAGUUUCUAAGUAGCUUAUAGGUGUCAGAAUUGAUUACCUUAUUUGCGUAGAUGCUCCAAUUUGUUAGAAGCUCAGAAAGCAUGGCUCCUAGAAGUCCAAAAAGUGCCCCAGAUGCGCCAACUGAUACGGUAUUUGGUGUUGAGGAUUCUCUCAAAUGUAAGAUAGACAACAAGCUUCCACCGAAACCAGAAAGCAUGUAUAAGAAUCCAAUCCUCACUGCCAAAGUCCAAGAAAUUAGAAAUCAAGCUAAGAAGACCUUGGAGAGGCUCAAUAUCAGAAUCCAUGUGCAGAAAGUAGAAACACAGUAGAAGAAGCUAGCAUGCUUACUUACCAAAUCCAAAUUCCUUCUCAAGGCGAACUCCUAUGAAUAGAAGACUGAACAUAUUGGCAAGUAAAUGAACGACUCCAGCGUGAAGAAACAUGCAAGAGAUGAAGCGCCAUCCUUCAUUUUCAUCCACCACCAGGUCCUUUUCAAGUGCUCCUAAGUACCGUAGCCUGCAGAAAGUAAAUACAAUGAUGAACAAAAGUUGAAAUCUUUGACAUAUUUGAUUGAUCCUACGGUGAAAUAUUCUAGAACUACUUUCGUUAGAAGUUAGGAGUCUUAGUGUGUUUGGGAUUUGUGAUGGACACACAAUCCAAAACACGGUAACCCCAGAAUUUAUACUACUGUGUUUGGAUCGGUGGUGACACAAUCAAAAGCACGGUAACUCUAAAAGUUGUAGUACUUUGUAACGUCUCUCCAGAAUUGAUUAUGGAGCUUCUCACCACAAAACCAAACACAUUACUUGUA